AUGUGGCCCUUCCCAAGCAGCUCUCUCUUCCCACCCCCCACUGAGGCCUGGCUCCAGAGAGCCACCUUGGACCCUGAGGCCCAGGGCUGGGGGGCCUGGAGUGGGACAGGGAAGCCCCCUCUGGGGCCGGGGCAUGGGGAAGAAAAGGAGGAGAAGAAGAAAGAGGAAGCAAAGAAAGAAGACAAUGAAGACGCAAGCUUCCCUCUUUCUCUCUUAGAGAGGGAGAACCUGGCCGAGUGCGCAGUACCUGACCAGGAGCUGGAGGCCAUCAAACUGAAGCUGUGGGCCAUGGAGCAGGCUGGGGAGCCGCCAGGGCUGCCCACCGUGCAGGGUGCUGCCCUGGAAGAGGAGGGCGCGGGGGCUGCGCUGGCUGGAGGGCUACUGAGUCCCGAGACGGUGGGUCUCCCCCUCCCAGAGAGUCCUCAGGAGAAGAUGGAGGCUGACCACAGAUCCAUCUACGUGGGCAACGUGGACUACGGGGCCACGGCUGAGGAGCUGGAGGCUUUCUUCAACCCCUGUGGGGAGAUCCACCGCGUCACCAUCCUGUGUGACAAGUUCUCCGGACACCCCAAGGGCUACGCCUACAUAGAGUUUGCUGCUGUGAGCUCCAUCCAGGCUGCUGUGAAACUGGACGAGAGUGUCUUCCGGGACCGCAUCAUCAAGGUGUGUCCCAAAAGGACCAACUUCCCAGGAAUCAGCUCCACAGACCGAGGGGGCCUACGAGGACACCCGAGCGCCAGGAGAGGUGCCUUCCACUGCAGCAGCCUCCAGGGCGGACCUAUGUUCAGAUCCCGAGGGCUGAACCAGGGGCGUGGAAGAUUCUCCCCAUGGUUCUCACUCUACUGA